CUUGGCUCCAACACGGUAAUGUUGAAGCGGAAAAGACCUCUUUCCACCAUCAUCUGCUUUGUUGGAGUGAUAACUUCCAUUAAAAUCCCUCUUCGUGAGAAGGACUCUGUGUUUGGCUAUGUAGUCAAUGAACUUUGUCGAUAUCCUGACCGUUUGAUGCCUUAUGUUAUGGUUCGUUUGGGACAGGAAGGCACAACGAUACUCAUUCCCAUGAGAAUCGAGGUUGCGGAGCACUCAACGUCACGAUAUACGGUGACUAUUUCCGUUGAAGAGCUUGAAGGACGACGUAAUCUGUUUAGGAGCUUACUAGUUUGUGGCACCUUUGAACUUUCUUUCGACUUGUUGUCAGGCUUGUCAAAGCUUGUGUCGCUAUCUUUCUAUUGUCUUGUAUUAAAUGUAUUCAGUAGGAUCGCACAUUUACUGUUGGAUGUUGCUUUUAUCUUUGUAAUCGGCUAAGGUUUAUGAAUGAAAUAUGUUGUGUUAAAAAAAUAAAAGAUAUUGUUGUUUACUAAUGCUCACCAUUUGAAACAAUCUGGGCUAUACAUUUUCUUUAAAUAAAUGUAUAUAUAUAUAUAUAUAAUUAUUUUAUUUACACGCGUCCUCCUCUGAUACUAUGUUUCAUAAUGAACACCUAUAACUUAUGAUUUUUUUCUUAAAUUAGCAUCACACUCUCAAUAUCUCUAUCUAGAUUUGUUUAUAUGUAUUAUUUGACUCAUUUAAUCAUUAUCUUCUUAAAUCUCCAUUUUUCAUAUACAUCCAAUAAUUAAAACUUAAGAGUAAAAGAACCUUGGUUUUUUACUAAGCUUAGCCUAAUGUUCUGAUGUGAGGAUAGAUCUUCAGAUUUUACUAAUACAUCAUUUUUAACACGUUGCCGAUAAUCUCACUUUCUUAGACCCAAACUUAUCUUUCCUUUUCUUCAGUUUCCAGUUCUCAAGAGCCUAUAUAAAAAGACACCCUCACAACACCAAAAUAAUCAUACCAACAACAAGAAAACUAAUUAGUAGCUCUUAUGAAAAAUGGAUUACUCUAGUGUUCUUGCUGAACGAGGCAAUGAAGUGAACCAAGAGAAGCCUCCACCGCGAGUGUGUCCAAGGUGCAACUCAACCAACACCAAGUUUUGUUACUACAACAACCAUAGUAUGUCUCAACCACGCUACAAGUGCAAGGAAUGUCGCCGAAACUGGACUCAUGGUGGAGUGCUAAGGAACAUACCGAUUGGUGGAAGUGGCCGUAAAAAGAAGAGUACAACGAUAGAUCAACCUUUUGUUUCUCAGGCAGUUUCAGCUGAGAUCCAACAAGUUAGUCGUCGUCGCCAACCUUUCUUACAUGCUCAAGAAACCAACCAGUUUGUUGAAUCUUUUGGUGGUUCUUCUUAUGGCUUUGAUGUUGAUAACCAUGUCGGUUCUUUUCCUGAAAUUCGCGGCGAUGGGGUGCUUCCAUUUCAAAGUUUUCCACCAAUGGAUCGCUCUUAUUUCCAUGAUGGAUUGUUUCAACAAGAUUACUACAGCGUUGAGUCCAAUGAUUUGAUUGGUAAUCAUUUGAAUAACCAAUCAAUUGGUAAUCAUUUGAUUAACACAUCAAUUGGUAGUUAUAAUGUUGUGAGCUCUAAUCAUAACAGUUACGUUAAACAAAAGCAUCAAGACAAGUGGAACCAGAGUUUAAACAAUACUAUGAACAUGAAUCAUAAUGCCAGUACCAGUGGAAGCAGAGAAUGGUGGGACACUGAUCACAUGAACAAGUACAAAGGCAACAUCAAAAACAACUGUGUGUAUGAGUCCUCUUACCAUUUGGAGAAGCAUGGUCCUUGAAUCUUAGCCUUAUUAUCCAUUUUCCUUUUCUGUUUUUAUUUUUAAGUGAUGAAAGCUUCUACCGUUGUUUCCCAAAAUUCAGACAUAAGUUGCUUAUCGGAUUUUUUCCCCUAUCUUUAAUUAUAUGAAUAUCUCUGUGGAUCAGUCCGUUAAUUAUUUUUCCUACUGCCAAUGCACUUUUCUGGUUAUAAGUAGGAUCUUGAGCCAAAUUAUAUACUAGUUCUUUAUAUUUUUAGCUAACAUGUACAACAAAUUACGUCCAAGAUAAACCCCACAAAUGCAAUAAUCUCGAUACAACAUAAGUUUUUUCGUUGAUAAAUGAUUUGUACACCGCAAGUUAAGCUCAUGAACAUGAAUCAUAACGCCAGCACCAGUGGAAGUAGAGUAUCUUUGGAGACUGAUCACAUGAACAAGAACAAUGGCAACAUCAAAAACAACUGUAUCUGCGUCUUUUUACCAUUUGGAGAAGCAUGGUCCUUAAAUCUUAGCCGUAUUACCCAUGUUCCUUUUAUGUUUUUGUGCGUUUUGAAGUGAUGAAAGAUUCCGUCGUUGUUUCCCAAAAAUUUAGACAUAAGUUGCUUGUCUGUUUUUUUCCCCAUAUGUAUAAGAAUAUGAAUAUGAUAAGUCCGUUAAUUAUGCUGGAAUAUUCAUUUUUUUUCUGGUUAUAACUUCUAAGUAGGAUCUUGAGCCAAACCAUAAAUCUAGUUCUUUAGAUUUUUAUCUAACAUGGAAAAUAGAUUACGUCCAAGAUAAACCAACAAGUGCAAUAAUCUCGAUACAACAUUUUUUUUUUUAUAAAUGAUUAGUACAACAACACAAGUUACAACUCAUGCAUGCAACUUGAUAUUUUUUUUUGAAAAUUUGGAUACUCGUAGAACUUGUAGUUUUUGUGUUUUGACGACUUAAUGCAUUCACUGAGAUUAUACUUAAAAACUAGAGAGUAUCAAACAUCCCGACCAUAACACACCAGCGACAAAACUAUUAACGCAUGGAUGCAGCCUGUGAGUACACACACUCUGAAAUUUAGCCUAUGGGAGACAGAACUAUUACACUGCACAUUACCAAUCUCCUAAUCAGAUGAUAUGCCUGUGGAGUAAUUUGGUGAAAGGAUGAGCAAAACAAUUGGCACUAGUCCGGAGAUUACAGACUUGACAAUCCUGAAACCUCCUUUUAUAGUUAUGCUCUGCUUUGGUGCUAAUUGUUUGUACACACUUGCACAAUCAGGAUCGGGAUAAUACUCUAUAGUUGUACCUUGGUGUCGAUUGAUAAUAUUAGGAAGUUAAUCUCAGAAAGAGUCAAAGAGAUCUAAUCAUCUAAGAAACUUUUUUUUUUGAAACACAACUUUCAUUUAACUCAAACUUGAAGACUACAAUGACAAGAGGGAAUUAAACAUUCUCUUAAAAACAAACCAUAAACUACAACAGCAAAAGCAAUUAAACAUAAUAAGUCUUCAUAUGAAGUUGACAGCAAAUUCGAGACAUGGCUUGAAUGCGUCGAUAAAGCAUUUCCAGAAAAGUCGGAUCGCUGAGAUUUAGUCACAAGUGACGUUGAGAGACAACCCUCACCAACAAGAAAAACCGAAGUAAUCUUGAUUGCACCUUCUGGCCCCGUACAGACCGCUACGCAAGGAAACAAACCGGUGAGUAAGCUGAAACAAUAACUCGGAAAAGGAUCAGAAAGAACAUAUCUGUUCAUAGAAUGGAGGCAUGAUUGUAAGAUUCUGUCCUCGGCCAAGGAGGAUGAUGAAAACGAUAACAGAUCCGGUGAGUCCACCGAAAACUGCUUCCUAACUGAGUGAUAUUGCAAUAAGCUCAGAAUAAAGACUUCAAUGAAUCCAUCGAAGCUCUUUAAAUUAACCAGAGAAACCAAAACCGAAAUU